AGAGCUGUCCUCAUGUCUGGUCCCGUCAGCAUGGAGCUGUGCCCACCCCCCUCAGGUCUAGAAGCAGAAUAUGAGACACUUUUCACCACAGACUCCCUCCUUUUCCUCCAUGAGCUGAUCUCCACAUUUAAUGAGGAGGUGGAUCAGGUCCUGCGGUUACGAGUGUCACGAAAGGCCCAUUUGGACCUCUCAGGUGAUCUGCCAAGCUUUCUGGAGAGUACCGCACAUAUCAGGGGAGACCCGUCCUGGAGGGUGCUCCCGGUCCCCCCGAGGCUCCAGAGAAGACAUGUGGAUAUCGGGGACAUGGCUCCUUGCGACACCCAGCGCUUCAUUAAAGCUCUGCAGUCAUCAGCACAAGGCAUACAGGUUGACUUUGAUGAUGGGAACUGCCCUACAUAUUACAACCAGAUCAAAGGCAUUCAUAAUGUUUUUAAGGCGGUUCACAACCAGUUCCCCAAUCUUCCGCAUAUAUCUCAGGCUCCAGUGCUGAUGCUUCGCCCUCGCGCCUGGAACAUGGUGGAGCACAACAUGAUGGUGGAAGGGAAGGAGGCUCCUGGUUCUCUCUUUGACUUUGGACUCCUCAUGUUUCACUGUGGAGAGAAACUUUUUGAAAACAAGAGUGGACCCUUUUUCUACCUCUCAAAAGUGGAGAGCUUCAUGGAGGCCAGACUAUGGAACAAUAUAUUUGUCUGGACACAACAGAAGUUGGGCCUUCCGCUGGGCUGCAUUAAGGCAACGGUGCUAAUUGAAAAUGUAUUAGCAGCAUUUGAGAUGGAGGAGAUUCUCUACGAGCUGCGAGACCAUUCAGCAGGACUCAACUGUGGCAUCUGGGAUUAUUCAGCCUCCUUUGUCAAUAAAUUUGGUCACCGACAGGCCUUUCUGCUGCCUGACCGCAGUAAAUACGUCAACAUGGAGAAGCGUUUUCUGCGCAGCUACAUGGACCUGUUGGUUCAGACAUGUCAUCAGAGGGGAGCGCUGGCCACAGGAGGCAUGGCAGCCCUGCUGCUGCCUGAGGACCCGCUCAGUGCCGCCCACAGCAGAGUGUUGGCUACUGUCAACAGACUGAAGUUGCUGGAGAUCCAGGCAGGCGUGGACGGUUUCAUGGUGUACGAUCUGAGCUUGAUUGAGCCCAUGCAGAAACUCUUCAAGCUCCACACUGAAGGUGAUAACCAGCUUCAUCAGCUUCGACAUGAUGUCACUGUGACUCCUGAUGACCUGUUGUCCAUGCCUUUGGGAGGAGUCACCCUUUAUGGUUUGAAGUAUAACAUUGCAGUUGGUGUCCUCUUUGUUAACGCUUGGCUAUCAGGUAGAGGUCACUUUAUCUACAGAGGCCAGGUCGAAGAUUCAGCCACAGCAGAGAUUUCCAGAUCCCAGGUGUGGCAGUGGAUCCAUCAUCAGACUCAGCUGGAGGACGACAGCAGGGGGGUGAGCAGGCGGCUGGUGACUGACCUCAUCAAUGAGCUCACAAUGGAGCUCAGGGCGCUCUGUCCCUCUGUCAGGGAUAAACAGAGGUUACACACAGCAGCAGACAUGUUCCUGGAGGUGGUGCUAAAGAGAGAUUUCCCAGAGUUCAUCACCACCUACUUAAUUCAGGCCCACAGCUUUCUCAGCUCCCAGAAGACUGAACAGGUGGAGGCUCUGAACACCGACUUGCCCCAACCCAAACUGUGA